GGAACAAAAUCUCCUUAAACAGAACUGUUGCAAAAGUGCCCAGCUGUCAGCUAUAAAUAAUAGUUCCAAAUAUCUCCAGAGUAGCUAAGAACCUAGGCGUUACUGACGGAGUGAAGUGAGCUGUCUAUAAUUAGAUUUCUCAAGUAUUCUAGGUAUUGUAGCGCCACCUAUUUAUGGUUUUUGUCGGACACUUUUUGGUAUAUGGAGAUUCUCUUCCUUGUCUACUAGCGUUACUCUGGAGAGAUUUGGGAAUUACAACGGUUCUGCCUAAGGAGAUUCUGUUCCUUGCCUCUAACUUCCAUAAUCCCGACCAGACCGUUCUGACCGAGUUCUGACUUGCUAAACUUAGGAUCGAAAGAGCUUUAACAACAUUGUCUUAAACAGCUCGGAGUAUGUCACUGUCAAAAGUGACAGACCUAGACCCUCAGUUUGUUCCUGCCCCAUCCCAUUCCUGCCCUUUAUUAAUUUUAUUUUAUUAUGUUCAAUUUAUUAUCGGUUAGUAUUUAGCGCUCUACAAUUAGCUUAAACUUACAUUAACUAGUAUUUAUCCAUUGCUGAAGUUCCUAAAAUAAUAUAGGACUUGCACUCUUACACACUACGAAAAUUCGUGUUGUUCCAAAUAUGUUUAUCAACAAAAUAUGUUUAACGUUUAUCAAUGAUAUUUAUGAGUGAAAGUGAAUAUAUCUUAGUGUGCGGCGUCCUCAGAAGAGUACCAUGGAGCAGUCUCGAGGUUCCGCCUCGGAAGUGGAGAAGGUCCUUUCUCUAUCCGAGCUUCAACUGAUGCGUCUCGUGAUAUGCGGGAUGCGCGCGGCGGCGCGCGCGGCGAGCGCGUCGCGGCAAACGCGGAGGUUGCUCGAGGCGGCGGCGUGCCGCGUCAUCGCGAGGCAAGCGGGGAAGAAACAUGAUUAUGUUCAUGGCUUGUGGUGCAAUUUCCGAGCGUCGUCAUUGCGUAAACUGCGCGCACAUUUAGCGCGCGGCGACAUGUCGGCGACUGAGGAGCGACUGUCUACUCUUGAGUGGGCCGCUGUAGAUCUGCUCCUGCUAUACGACACGCCGCUUCUUAGUGUGGCAAGCUUCCACCAGCGCGCUCAGCUGGCGGCCCUGGAGCGCACCUUCGAGCUGGUGCAGCAGUUCCAGCUGGAGCCAGAAAAUGGGGGCGUUGUGGCAUCUGAACAGUGGAGCCGCGCGGCGCAGUCUUACUCCAAGAACGGCGUGGUUCUGUCGGCAGUGGCGCUGCAACGGCGCUGGUACGAGCUGAAGCUGGACACGCGGCAACGCGUAUGUGCCCCCCAAGUCCCGGGCACCCUUCGUCCGCUCCUGGUGCCGAUACACGAGGCCGUCGCCACCAGGUUCCCUCACGUGGUGCGCUCCAGGGAGCUGCUGCCGUGGCGCCGGCUGGUGGCGGCGGGGACAGUUGCCGAACCGACGAGCGAGCGCGGUCCGGCGCCGGGCGAGCCUCGUGUGGACGCCGCGCUCACACGAGAUGCAGAAAAAUAUAUAAAGACUAUUGAUCUACUGGAUGACGACGAACUUGAAAAAAAUGCUCUUAAAGAGGCACCAAUCAACACUUCCAAUAUUACUCUAAUUGAUACUGCUGAUAAAGAACUUACUGGUUCAGAGAAUACCAGAAGGAAAAGUAGUAGAAAUAGAAAUCAAAACAAAAACCAAUCUACAAAAAAAGACAUUAGCGAAAAUGUAGAUAUAAUAAUUAAACCAGAAAUAAUAGAAAUUGAUGACGAUGCUCCAAGUCCGAAGGAAAACAUUAUAGAAGCGAUGCAAGAUAUAGACUUAAAUAAUGUAGAUGCAACUAUAGUCUAUGAUAGUGACGAGGAAGACGUUAAAACCAUUAUUGACGUUCAAAUGGGUAACGUUGAUAAAGCUCUAGAGACUGCUACUGUUGCGGAUGAAAAUAGUGAAAUCUCUAAUAUUAGCGAAGAAAAUAUUAAUAAUUCAAUUUUAUAUCAGGAAGUUGAAAGUAAUUGGAACGAUUGCCAAAAUACCUCAAACAUCAGUGAUAAAGAUACACAAAUUGAAAUUGAAGGACAUAAUCCUGUAAAAAUAGAAGAAUCUAGUGAUAGUGAUGAAAAUGACGUCAAUUGUUCUUCUCCUGAUUUGAAUAAUCAAAUAGAAAACGUUGGGCAUAUCCAAGAAAUUGUAAAUAAUUCGAUUGUAUGCAAUAACCUUGACAAAGUAGCAGAGCAAUUAAAAGACCAAAUACGGGCUAAAUACUGCGCUGUGCCAUCAGCGCAGAAUAAAGACACAAGCAUCAGCACCACCAGUCAAGACUCAAGUGACAUUCCCGCUAUUGAUCCCAAGCUCCUUAUGUGCCCAUUAAUACUAUUAAGAAGAAUAGAUGACCCAAUACAAUCUUUAGACAAACCAUUACCAUCCCCUAGUCAAUCUCUCAACACCCAAAAAUCUUCUAAAACAUCAUACAGCAGAUUAUUUUAUGAGAAGCAGAAAGAAAUGACAAAUGCUACUCCACCUUCUAACAGUAGAUUAUAUUAUCAGAAUAAAGCUAGAUUGUUCCAUGACAAAAAUAUAACUAGAUCAUUCUAUGAGAAAAAUAAAACACUGUUAAAGCAAUGUAAGCCUUGUAUGCUGUCCUUGAGAAAGGUGGAUGAGGAGUGGGGUAGGAAUGUUGGGGAAGGGAGGAAGAGGGUUCGACUGCCGGAUAUGGAGAAAGUGAAGAGGAACAAUCGUGGUGUAUUGACGGCCCAGGUUGCGCCGCUAAUGCCUACGCAGAGUGCCACCAUGGUCAAGCGAGUGCGGCCCAAUUCAACCUACAACGAUCAAUCUACCCCUUCAUCAUCGACACAAGUUUUUGUUCGAACUCCUUUGCAGCCCAUGUUCCGACCUUCGGUCCCACCGCCAUGGACACACACUUCAACGCCAGGACAAGAAUCAGAGCCAAAGUCCUUAUUGGAACAGUUGCUUGUUGGCAACACUUAUCAGAAUUCAUCAGUAACCGAUCCUGCAUUACAGCAAAACUAUUUAAUGAUUCCUCCAACGCAGUUUAACUUGCUGCAAUCCCAAACUGGGGCUUUUCUUCAAAAUUGUCAAAGUUCUCAGGGUCAAUUACAGAAUUUAAAUGUUCCUUUGCAAGGUUUCAUGUCGAAUCCUAUGCUACAAGAACCAAAUACGAACUGGCCACAUGGCCUACACCAAAAUAUAGGAAAUAACUGGCCUCAAACAACGGCAACACAAAAUGUGUUUACAAACAUGUUCCCACCUGUGCUACAGACACAAACAACAAUGACAGCUAUAGGUAAUAUACCAAUACCAAAUAUAUCAACCCAGAAUAUAGUAACGCAAAAUAUACCAACCCAGAAUGUAGCAGCACAAAAUGUACCAAUUCAACAUAUGGCACCGCAAAAUAUAGCAACGCAAAAUAUAACAACACAAAAUAUAUCUGCACAGAAUGUAGCUACGCAAAAUAUACCAAUACAAAAUAUGGCAAUGCAAAAUAUAGCAACGGAAAACAUAUCAUCACAGAAUAUCGCAAAAAUAAAUACAUUGACACAGAAUAUAACUCCGCAAAAUAUAUCAACACAGAAUAUGGCAACGCAGAAUAUAGGAAUGCAAAAUGAAACUUCGGAAACACAAAAUGCAGUUAUAGCAGAUGAAUUAGCAUCAGCGAUAACAACACGGAAUAUAUUAACUCAGAAUACAGCGAUGCAAAAAGAAUCAAUACAUAAUAUAGCAACACCAAAUAUAUUAGCACAGAAUAUAGCAAUGCAAAAUAUAUAUAUACAAAAUAUGGCAACGCAAAAUAUAUCAUCACAGAAUAUGACAAUGCAAAGUCAAACUCCAGAAACACAGAAUAUAACUAUAGUAAAUGAAUUAGGAGCAGCGAAUGCAACAGGAAGUAUGUCAACUCAGAAUACAGCAAUUCAAAAUAUAUCGACACAAAAUAUAGCAAUGCAAAACAUAUCAUCACAGAAUAUAGUGACACCAAAUACAUCAACACAGAAUGUAGCAAUGCAAAAUAUACCUACGCAAAAUAUAGUAACACCGAAUAUAUCAACACAGAAUAUAGUAAUGCAAAAUAUACCCACGCAAAAUAUAGUAACACCGAAUAUGUCAACACAGAAUAUAGUAAUGCAAAAUAUACCCACGCAAAAUAUAGUAACACCAAAUAUAUCAACACAUAAUAUAGAAACACCAAAAAUUUUGAUACCAAACUGGGGAUUGGCCAAUAUGGCUGGCGUGUUAUCUUUAACACAAACAAUUGUCAACCAGCCGAGUCUAACGAUUGACGGAACUUUACUUGCUCGAAGUUUUCAAGACAUCGUCCUAAAACAACAAGAACCGCUAAACCAAUUUAUAACUGGCUCACAACCUAAUCCAUUUAUAGUGAACCCAGUUUCACGCGUUAAUGCGGCGCCUACACCGAUGCCUAUGAACCAAGAAUUAAAUCAAUCAUUUGUUACCAACCAAGCUUUGCUGUGUGGUUCGGUAUUGCAAAUCAUCCAACCUACCCCCGACGUUUCUACCAGUGUAGCUCAAACAAACGCCGAAGGUUAUACCGAUUAUACAAUUACACAGCAAACCCCAACCGAACGUACCUCCGGCACCAGCGUUACAAUGGACGUGGAUGAGGAAACUAAUGCUACAAGUGAUGGUUGUUUGAAAACUACAGAACAGGUUGAUUUGCUUCAGGUGGUUCCUGUAGAGAAUCUUUUUGAAAUGGUACCGAAUAAGUACACGUACUCAUCGACGGAUAAUAACAAAAUGUUAAAUGAUAGUUCACUCAUCCUUGACUGGGGUUUGUUUCCGCUCUCGCCAUCUUAUUUAAUGAAAGAGCGCAAAAUAGAUUUCAAGCACGUCCUGUGCACUGGUCCAGGGCAGGGAUGGCGGCUGAAGGGUCACCUGGUGGUCAGCGACCAGCAGAAGCCGCCGCCGGUGGCUGCUAUAUGGUCAAUUAGGCCGAGGGUCCGGCUGCAACUUCCCACACCGGACGAACACUGCAAGGAUGCUAAAGCGGCUGCGAACGUGUUGUUUCGAGACCGACUGUACCAGAAGCUUUUCGACUAUCCACUUACAUAUUCCAUGAUGCUGGUGGCGGUGCGCUCGGCGGCGGCGUGCGGGCGCCUGCUGGCCGCGGGCGCCGCGCUGCGCCUGUACUGCCUGCGCACCGGCAUCUUGCACCCCAUACAUGCACAGAUAGCAUCCUUCGAUGACAGGCAGUCUAAAGAAAUCGACCGACGCAUCGAAAAUGCCUGGAAGAGCUUCUGGUCCAUGAAGGCACUAAUGAAGGGCAACCUUCCACUGACACUAAAGCGCAAACUCGUCGACAUGUGUAUCCUGCCUAUCCUAACCUACGGCGCCCAAUCUUGGUCAUUAACGGAAGCCCAGAAGUCCCGACUCAAGAUUUGCCAGCGAGCAAUGGAGCGCAGCAUACUAGGAGUUCGGAGAACCGAUCGAGUUAGGAACACCGAACUGCGCUCCAGAACUGUUUGCAAAUAUGUACCUAGUUUAUUUAGGAAACAGUUAUUGUAA